GCGUACCUCAGUUCACGUCAAUCACUCGCGAGGGAUGCAUUUCAUUAAGUCUAAGCGAUAUCACAAGGCUGCACGCGAUGCCAAUCUGGCGGUUCUCAAGGAGGCUAACCGGUGGGAAGCGAACGCACCAGACGAGGGCGGUAUGACUCCGCUGCACUGGGCCGCCCAUGAGGGACACUCCGAGGCGGUCCGAAUACUGCUGGAGCGAAAGAGCAGCGUGAAUAAGGUGGACGGCUUUGGAAAUUCGGCGCUUCAUUUGGCCGCCGCCAGAGGACAUCAGAAGUGCGUUGAGCUGGUGUUGACCAAAGGUGCCAACUUGUAUGGACUGGAUAUUAACCAGUGCACAGCGUGUGACUUAGCAAGAAUUGGAGAAUGGGUGGAAGUUGUGGAGUUCCUGGAACAUCGAAUGAAAAUGUUGGAGGAACGAAAUUCAAAACUGGUGUCUAAACUGAGAGCAAUAGCGAACAAGAAGUAUGCCAAAUUCAAACAUAAAUAUCCUACGGGGAGUAAAACGGCGGGACUAGAUGAAGAUAACGAGUUCGGUGAACAUCUUAACACAGUGGGAAACUCACAAUAUUCUGAACUGGAAGUAGACGACAGCGAUGACGGAUUGGAUACUGAACAAAAGCAGCAGACGAACCUAAUCGACCUUCUUCACCACAAAAGCAAAUGUUUAACAUCGAGCACUGGCAAAAGUAUAUCCCGAUCGUAUUUGGUGUUAUCUCAGUUAAUAAAAGAGCAAUCCAUCAACCAGACCAUUGUCAACAAUGUGGAAACGCAACAGCAUCGGAAGCCUAUCAAGAAUGAUGCAGAACAUAAGGAUGAGGAUUUCGAUACGGAAAAGGAGGCAUCCUCAACCGGAACCGAAAAUUCAAUGCUAACGUUCCUCAAAAUAUAUCAUCUCGAGCGGUUUCACAAACAACUUCAAGAUAAAGAAAUUGAUUUGAACGGUUUGAUGUCGAUGACUGAGAAGGAUAUCAGAACGUUGGGCCUUCCACUUGGUCCCCACCGAAAGCUCUGCUUUGCAGUGGAAGAAUACAAAUCUGCACAAAAAUGGGCCGGAGCAUGAAAAAGGAUUCGUCGAACCUUAUUUGGCUGCCGAUAAACAGAACAAAAAUCCGCGGAAAGCAAGCUUUCCUUCACCAUCAUAAAACAAUUUGUCUCGCUCAUUUUUUCGGAUUCUUUGUCACUUAGCUUAUUUUGCGCACGAUGGUACAUCUUCAGCUAACCCAUUUCAAAUCAUUUGCGAAGAGCAAGUAACGGAAAGUGGGAUAUACAGCAGGAAAAUUCGAAUGGGCACGCAUAAAUGGAAGCCUCAAUACACGCGCCAACAAAGAGGCCGAUCUUCGUAAAAGCUCAAUCAUCAUCAACGAAUCUUCUGUCGUUGUUUGCGACUCAAAUAUAGAGGACGGAUUAUUCUCACUGCCAUGUUAAGGAAGGAAAAUUCACUGCGUCACAGAUCCUGUCCCUAGCCCCAGCCCAGGAGGGGGGAGGUGAGGACCAUAUUGUCACAGAUAAGCAGUAGACGAACGAAACGAGCAGAUGUCGUGCCAAACAAAAACCCUCCCACCCAUGGUGGACAUCGGGGAGAGUAAAAGGACACUCGCUAUGCCUGAGAAACACAACACAACCACUUUUCGUGCUCCAAUAACCACAGGAGCGAAAUAAACCCGCUUCAUACUUUUUCCUCUAGCGCGCUUCAUGACCGUAUACAACGAUAUUACAGUUUCUAUUUUCUGGUUUCAUAUUUGUGAUUAUUCUUAGUUUGUCUGGCACAGAAUGAGCGAUGGACGCGUGUGUGCAAUAAAUUGAGAUGUCAAUAAAAUGGUGAUUCUGUGAAAGCCUUAAGCCUCUCUCAGUUUGUAUGAAUAAAAAAAUGAAACUCGUGAAGGACAGGGAUUUUCUUUUAUCCGUGUGGAUCGUUGAAUGCAUUAUGCGAGUUUUAUCUUGUAUGAGCCAAAGAAACAUGUUUAACGUAGGACUACGUUCAACAGAAAGAUAUAGCAAAGCAACGAAAGGUUUUGAAUUUUUAUAACUCAACCAUUUUUUUGAUAGAUUGCCGAGAUGUUUGCAUCAAUCGAUUAGAAAUAUUACCACGUAACACGUAUGAUAAAGAAUAUAUAUUUUUUCGUAGCAAACUAGAAAUGGCUGAAAAUUAAUUCUAAACUUCUCAAGCUUUUUUGAAGACUACGAGAGAGUUGUGACCAAAUCAAGCAAACCGUCGGCCUAUUUCUGGACUAUCAAAACAUUCUGAUAAAAAAAUUUGACCGAAGAUGAUCAUAAAAUCUUGAAUCGAAAUAUAACUAGAUCGGUUUUCAUAAUGAUACGAUACGAUACGAAUGAUACAUGAUACGAAUAAAUAUUUAAACUAUACGAACAAUUCCAUUGGGAUAUUCAUCACCAAAUUAUUAAUCAUGUUUUAAAUUAAAAUGUUUACGUUAUCAGAAUUACUCGUUAUUAUAAGUACUUCAGAACUUUGUUGCUAGUUGUUGUAUUUGGUCUAACAUUUGGUUGAUAGCAUUUGGUCUAACUCAUUCAAACCCAUGGGUGAUAAUCAAUUUAAAAGCGUGUUUUAAGCGUUAUCAUGCCACAAAAUUAUAGUAAUUUUUUAGUUUAAUCCAUGGACAUAAGCUCAAAUUUUAUACUAAAGAUUCUUUUAGAAAACAAUGAUGGCUGCCAAUCCUCAAAUUUUGGUUGAAACUAUCAAAAGCCGAAUCAAAACAAAUCGGAAGUAGAUGUAAAUUAAUUUUAGUAACGUAAUUUUAAAUUAUGAGAAAAAAUAUGAAAUGGGGUAUCCAAGGCACACCCGCAUUGUUAACGUAGUACUACAAAAAUAUAGUCGGCAAAAAAUUUAAGAAUAAAUCCAUACAGGUCGGACUCGAUUAUAUAUGAUUCGAUUAUAUACAGUUAAAAAAUAAUAAUACCUAAUUUAAAUGGAAAAGAAAUUUUUCAACGUUAAAGAGAAAGUCCAAUGGUUAUUAUAAGUACAGUGAAGUAAACAUCGUGAUUCCGGUAGAUUCUAGUUGAAGAUUCAUCUGGAA